UUCAACUUUGUCAGAAAUUGCCGAAUAACCUCGUGAAAGUAUUGUUGAAAUAUAAUUACAUCAAAUCGUUUCUAAUAUUAUUUUACUAAGUAUCUGAAUUAAAUUAAGUAUAAUUUAUCAAUAAGUAAACCAUGACAGAGGAGCAGAUAAAUGACCUAUCUAUUAAUGAGGAUGAUGUUGUGGAUCCAUGGAAUGUAGCAGGGAAAUCACAGACAGGAAUUGAUUAUGACAAAUUGAUCAAAAGAUUUGGCAGCCAGAAAAUUGACGAUGAAGUUAUUGCGAGAUUUGAGAAAGUAACGGGAAAGAGAGCGCAUCACUUUUUAAGGCGAGGCAUAUUCUUCUCCCACAGAGAUAUACACAGUAUUUUGAAUCUCUUCGAAUCUGGCAAGAAGUUCUACCUGUACACAGGUAGAGGACCUUCAUCUGAUAGUAUGCAUAUUGGGCAUAUGAUACCAUUUAUGUUUACUAAAUGGUUACAAGAAGUAUUUGAUGUUCCUUUAAUUAUUCAACUUACUGAUGAUGAGAAAAUCCUGUGGAGGGAUAUUAAGGUUGAAGAUGCUCGACAAAUGGCUCACUCAAAUGCCAAGGAUAUUAUAGCAGUUGGCUUCAAUCCUUCUAACACUUUCAUCUUUAAUGAUCUAGAUUUUAUUGGACAGUGUCCAGCAUUUUACCAGAAUAUGCUCAGAAUACAAAAAUGUGUUACCUUCAACCAAGUGAAAGGUAUAUUUGGUUUCGGAGACUCGGAUAUCAUUGGAAAAAUUACCUUUCCAUCAAUUGAGGCUGCUCCGGCUUUCUCAACCACAUUUCCUUUUAUUUUUGGCAAUAAAGUAGUCCCGUGUCUAGUCCCGUGCGCCAUCGACCAGGACCCCUACUUCCGCAUGACCCGCGAUGUGGCAGCUCGCCUGAAGCUGCCGAAGCCGUCGCUACUGCACGCCACGUUCCUGCCGGCGCUGCAGGGCGCGCAGCACAAGAUGUCCGCCAGCGACCCCAAUGCCUCCAUCUUCCUCAACGACACACCCAAGCAGAUCAAGAACAAGAUAAAUAAAUAUGCUUUCUCGGGGGGUCAACCGACUGUUGAGGAGCACAGAGAGAAAGGUGGUAACUCAGAUGUAGACAUAUCAUUUAAAUACUUAACUUUCUUCCUGGAAGAUGAUGACAGAUUAGCUGAGAUUAAAAAAUUAUACGAAUCGGGUCAAAUGUUAACUGGAGAAUUGAAGAAAAUAGCUAUAGACACCAUCACCCCCAUCAUACAAGAUUAUCAGGCUCGAAGGGCCAAGGUCACGGACGAGGUCAUGAAAGAAUUCUUUGCUAUACGGAAAUUAAAUUUCCAAUUGUGAAGCAAAUUAUGUUUGUAUAUUAUGAAAUACAGAUUACAAAAAUACUUUUGUGCCUGCAUAUUCAAUAAAUGUUAUAUCAAUAUUCAUAAAAAGUUAUUAUAUUGCUUAUGGAUUACAUUUCAGGAUUCGAUAAUCAAUCAAUCAAAAAAGGUACACGACACAAAUAAGUUUAGCUUUUUCACAGUUUGAGAAAGUUUUUUCACGGUUUUUUAUCUUAUAAUUGUAUAAAGUUAUUAUAUUGAGUUAUUACUUCAUAGCUACAGAGUUCUGUGUACUGGUAAUAUAAUGAAAAGGUAUACUUAUGUUCAUUAUUGUUCUUAACAUUAAAUCUUCCAUAUAAUUAUAAAAUAUUAAAAACUUGUAUGGAUGUGAUUGUUCCUUUAACAAUAAGAAUUUUGUAGAACUUUUGUUUUUCAUAUCGAUGGCGAUUCUUAAAUUCUCAUUUUUAUUAUUAUAUACAUAGUGUUGUGUAAUUAUGGGGUGCAAAAUUACAAUCAGCUUUAUUAAUUAAAUUUUUCAAAAAGAUUAUAAGUACAAAUGUCAUCAAUAUGACAUAUUUUUUUAGUAUAAUAAACAGACUUAGUUAUUCUUAGAUAUUUUUUUUUGAUUUUUUAAAUAUAUAUUUAAGUAUCCGUACUUACAUCGUGGGUAUGUUUUAAUUUGAUAAGGUAAAGAAAGCAUUUAAAUUCCUCAGUAUUUCAUUGUGUUCAUUGAUCAUUUAUGGAUUUUUUUAGUUUAAAAUUUUUGCGUCUGUGCCUUGUAGGCCUAAUACUGCUACUAUAAGAGUAUAUUAUGUCUUUAUUUAAAACUGAAUAUGUACUUUACUUAAAUGUUUAAUCUGAAAUUGAUAAUUUGGUUUUGUUAAUUAACAUGAAUGUUUUAAUUGUAAAUUUUACACUACAGGUAACGAAAAUAAUUUAUUGUAUUAUAUAUUUAAAAUGUUUUCUGUUGUUUAGGCUAUAAUGUCUAGAAGUGUUUGAUGUGGCGAUUUUUUUUUUAAUUAUGUUGGCUUAGACUUGCUUAUUUAAGCCAAUACACGUUAAAAUAACGAUAAUCCAAUAAUGCAAUCAUGACCUGUUCACAAUAUGAACCUUACUUUUUUUAAUGUUAAAUUUCCUUUGUAAAUAUAAAUGUCAAGUUCUGUAAGGCCUUGUUUAUUUGGCUGUGGUAAAUGCAUAAAGAAUUUAUUUUUUGCAAAGAAAUAAACUACUAUUUCAAACAUA